AUGAAGUUUCUGCUGUUUACUCUGGUCCUGCAAGUUGUUGCUUCUGGAGCUCAUCCUCUGUUCUCGAAUAACAACCUGGACGAAAAUGAGUUGGUGUUUGCUGAAAGAUACUUGGAAGACUUUUAUGACUUGAAUGUGGAAAAAACUCUAAGGACAAAUAUCAAAGUCAAUGAGCACUUCAUGAAAGAUAAAAUCCAGGAAAUGCAGAAGUUCUUUGGGCUAAAAGUGACUGGGCAACUGGAUAAAUCUACCUUGGAGAUUAUGCACACCCCACGGUGUGGCAUUUCUGACGUUCAUCAUUAUCGCACAAUGCCUAGAAGGCCAGUAUGGAAGAAACGUCAUAUCACUUACAGAAUCCAGAAUUACACCCCUGACAUGGCACAUGAGGAUGUUAACUAUUCCAUUCAGAAAGCUUUCCAAGUAUGGAGUUCUGUGACUCCCCUGAAGUUCACAAAGAUUCAUGCAGGCGUGGCCGACAUUAUGAUCAGUUUUGCAAGUAGAGCUCAUGGAGACUUCCAUCCAUUUGAUGGUAGAAGUGGAGUCCUAGCUCAUGCUUUUGCACCUGGAGAUAAUAUUGGAGGAGACGCACAUUUUGAUGAAGAUGAAUUCUGGACUAAAAGCUACAAUGGAAUAAACUUGUUUCUUGUUGCUGUUCAUGAGAUUGGCCAUUCCUUGGGUCUUGGACAUUCCAAUGAUUCAAAAGCCAUAAUGUUCCCCAACUACAGAUAUUUUGAUACCAACACAUUUUCCCUCUCUACUGAUGACAUACGUGGCAUUCAGUCCCUUUAUGGAGGCCCAGAAAAGCACCAUCCCAUAUCACCUACUGACAGUACACAAUCGGUUAUCUGUGACCCCAACUUGAGUUUUGAUGCUGUUACUACAAUCGGAGAGAAAAUUUUUUUCUUUAAAGACAGCUUCUUAUGGUGGAGGUUCCCUGGGACACCAAAGAGUACUGCUCAUUUAAUUUCUUCCUUCUGGCCAACCUUGCCAUCUUUCAUUCAAGCCGCUUACGAAAUUACAGACAGAAAUCAAGUUUUUCUUUUUAAAGAUGACAAGUACUGGCUACUCAGCUAUUCAAGACCACAGCAAAACUACCCCAAGAGCAUACAUUCUCUGGGCUUUCCUGACUGGGUGAAGAAAAUUGAUGCAGCCGUUUUUAACCCACUUAUCCAUAAGAUUUACUUCUUUGUAGAUCAUGAAUAUUGGAGGUAUGAUGAGAAGAGACAACUUAUGGACCACGGUUAUCCCAAAUUGAUAACCAAAGGCUUCCCAGGAAUUGGUCCUAAAAUUGAUGCGGUCUUCUAUUUUAAAAACCGACACUACUACUUCUUCCAAGGAUCUAACCAACUUGAAUACGACAUCCAAUCCAAACGUGUCUCCAGAAGAUAUAAGAGCAAUAGUGGGUUUGGUUGUAAGACAUGA